UAAAGCAAAUAUAUGGACAUUUAGAUUUUGAAAAAGUUUUCAUAAUUUUUUUAAAAUGAAAAAAAAAAAGUUUUCAUAAUUAAACGAAAAGGUUGAGGAGCAUCCGAAGCCGGUUGCCGAUUCGGAGGAAAUGCUCCGAACUGCAGCGUAUUCGAGGUUACUAGCACGGCCGUUGCUGGUGGCUGAGCGUGGCCUCUGUACAUCGGCGCCCAAGAUCGGCGGCGCCGAGAAGAUCGUUGCUGCCGUACUGUUCGAGAGGCUUCCGGUUGUGGUGCCGAAAAUCGAUCCGGUCGUAUAUGCAUUUCAGGAAUUCUCGUUCCGAUGGCAACAGCAGUAUAGACGAGAAUAUCCUGAUGCGUUCUUGCAAAAAUCUAAGUCUAACACAAGAGGACCAGGAAAACAUGAUAUUGACUAUACUCCGGCUCCACGGAUCACUGAAGCAGAUAAAACCAAUGAUAAAAGGUCAUUGCAGAGAGCACUUGACCGAAGGCUCUAUCUUCUUUUAUAUGGUUCUUCAUAUGAUUCUAAUGGAACACCAGUCUGGCACUUUCCUGAGAAGGUUUACGAGUCUGAACCAACACUACGCAAGUGUGCGGAAUCUGCUUUAGAAUCUGUGAUCGGAGAUCUUUCAAAAACUUAUUUUGUUGGAAAUGCUCCAAUGGGCCAUACAGUUAUACAGCCUGCAGAAAAUGACAAGGUCGAUGCAUCUCUCAAGGUACUCGCCUUGUCUUUUUGCCAGCCACGUCUUUUUGUUAUCUCAUUCCAAUUUUGCUUAUAUAUGGAAGCCAAGACACCAUUCAUAAAGGUGGCAUAUUUUGCUAAAUAUGUGAAGUAUUUUGUCCUUUGUCAGCGAUUCUUUUUCAAAAGUCAACUCAUCGCCACCGGCAAGCUCAAUGUCGGAAAGUGUGAAGAUCACUUAUGGGUGACGAAGGAUGAGCUAUUGGAGUAUUUUCCUCAGCAUGGUGAAUACCUCAACAAGAUGAUCAUCAGCUGAUAUUUUUGCUGCUCUUUGCUUUUGUAGCUUUUUGAUGAACUUCAGACGAAAAGAUGAUGAACUGUUUGAUGUGUUGAUACGACGGUGUUGUCGGAGUUCUAAAUUUUGGAGUUUAACUAGGUUUUGAUGUGACUGAGCCCGGGAUCAAGGUAUUUUAGUUGUUUCAAGAAAUGUAAUAAUUAUUGUAGGCUUAUUAUGCCUAUAGUUCUUGGAAUCCAGAAAUUGCUCUCUAAUGUGAAAAAUAUGGGGAAAUCUAGUGAUUUUGAUUGCAACCCAUUUGAAUUUGUAUCUAACUUUCAAAGACGAUUGUCUUGUUUGGUUAUGAAUCUGAAUCUUUGAAAAA